GCUUUGUGUCAAUGUUCAGUGAACUCUUCCUCUCAGUGGACAAAUCAGUCAGGCAUGCCCUAAUUCUUUCUCCAAUGACAGAAAGGCGGGUUUCAAGAAGAUGAAAAAUCUGGAGCACCAUCACAAAGACAAGUCAACACAACUCGAUCCUUUGGACAUACAUUCGACAGGAGUGAAACCAAGAAAGACUACAAAGACAACAACAAGCGAGAAGAAAAAGCUUCCCCAUUGACGACAGUGUUCUGUUUGUUCCAAAGAGUCAGCCAUGGAAUCUCUAUCACCCAAUGCCAUCACUCGCAUCUCGCGAAUGAGCAACUCGGAUGAAGAUCCGUCCUUCCAGCCAACGCUUCAGGUCCUCAAUAUUCGAAAAGUCAACAAUUCGGGAGCCCAAGAUCGAUACCGUAUUGUCAUUUCCGAUGGCCAAAAGUUCAUUCAGGGACUCUUGGCCACGCAAAUCAACCAUCUCGUCGACAACCAAUCGCUCCAACAACACUCCAUCAUUCUCGUACAGAAAUUUGUCACCAAUGUCAUUGGAGGACGCAAUCUCGUCGUUCUGUUGAAUGUCGACUGUAUCGGCAUGAUGGCACGCAUUGGAAAUCCCGUUGAUAUUGCUUCUGCAGCAGCAGGCGCCGAAAAUGUUCCUCCACAGCAACAGCAUCAGCAGCAACCUCAGGGACUGUACGGGAGUCAACAACCACAAGAAUUGUACGGGAGCCAGGGAUUGUAUGGCAGCAAUAAGCCACGCAACAGCAACAACAACCAGAGCAACAAUAGCAAUCCCUAUGGAGGAGGAGGACGCCGCGCCAGUGCUGCUCCCAUUGCCCGCACGCCCGGAGGCUCGGCGUUUACGCCCAUUUCCAAUUUGAACAUGUAUCAAAGCCGAUGGACCAUUCGGGCUCGCAUCACUGCCAAAUCGGAUAUCAAGACGUGGAGCAAUGCCCGAGGAGAUGGAUCCCUCUUUAGCAUUGACUUGUUGGAUGCGAGUGGAGUGGACGUUCGGGCCACGUUUUUCAAAGAAGCCGUGGAAAAGUUUUACCAUAGCUUGCAAGAAGGCAGCGUCUAUUCGUUUUCGGGAGGACGCAUCAAAGUGGCCAAUAUGCAGUACAAUACUUGCAAGAGCAACUUUGAAAUCACCUUUGACCAGAACAGUGAAAUCCAUCCGCAGCACGACGCAACGGAUAUCCAACACAACGUCUAUGAGUUUGUCCCCUCCAUUGCGGAAAUUGAACAUGUCCCAGCCAACAAGACCAUUGAUGUGCUGGCCAUUGUCAAGGAAAUUGGGGAAGCAACCGCCAUCAUGAGCAAGAAAACGGGAAAGGAACUGCACAAGUGCGAUCUGACUCUGGUGGAUGAUUCCAGCGUCGAAAUCAAAAUGACACUGUGGGGAGCCGACAAGGUCGGUUCGGCGGCUCAAACCUAUGCCAAUCAUCCCGUGGUGGCAUUUCGACGUGCACGGGUCAGUGACUUUGGAGGCAAGAGUCUGUCCCUGUCGGGAAGCGCUUGCGUCCGACCUGUGGCCGAUGUCCCCGACCAAGUCCAGCGGCUGGAGCAGUGGUGGAGCAGCAAUGGGGGUGCUGCCACGACCAAAAGCUUGAGUGCCUCGGGUGGCAAGGGCAAUACGGUGGCUCCAUUUCAGGAGCGAUUGACGAUUUCAGCCAUCAAACAGAAGCACAUGGGUCACGGGGACAAGCCCGACUGGUUGACCUUCAAAGGGACCAUCACUUACAUCAAAAAGGACAAGGAAGGAGGGGCGUGGUAUCCUGCCUGUGCAAACUCUGGGGACCCUUGCAAAAACAUGUACAAGGUUACCCAGACCACGGAUGGCAGCUGGUAUUGCGACAAGUGCCAAGGGACGUUUCCCAAUCCUGUCCGCCGAUGGAUCUUCUCUGGAACCGUGGAGGAUGACACUGCCAGCACAUGGGUUUCCUUCUUCAACCCACAGGCCGAAACUCUUUUUCCAGGCAACAUGACAGCUGACGACGCCUAUAAAAAUUUCAUGGAGCACAACCAAGAUCAGGACGGGUAUGACAGCCUCUUCUACAAGGCAACACAGACUGAGUGGGUGUUCAAGUGCAAGCUGAAGAGCGAAAUCGUAAAUGACACAGAACGCGUGAAGGCAAGUGUGUAUGCUCUGCAGCCUUUGGACUAUGUCGCAGAGAGCGAACACAUGUUGGCAGCUCUAGAGAAAAUGUAAUUCGCAUCGAACUGGAUUCAAGAUGAUCAAGGGAACAAUGCAGACCUACCAGCCGAUCUAUUGCUCUGAAUGCUUGCUAGCUAUGGCUAGUAGUGGAUUCUAAACUAAACAAAGCGAUAUGGCGAUGCACUGUGUACCGUACGGUAAGAGUAGCAAAAUCUAGUAGCAUUCAUGAGAGAUUAUGAAUAGUUGCCGGAUAGAUCGUCGCGACGAAGGUUGAAUUCGUAGAACCGAAUCUCACUCGCUGGGAAAACUUUCCCAUCGGCUCUUCGAGGCUUG